AGUCCCGGAUGUUGGCUCGGCCGCCGAGAGAAAGGCGGACGGGAGAAGGCGGAGAAGCCGAGGAGAGGGACGGCGCGGUACCGCAGGCGCACCGGGCGAAGAUCUUUGCAUAGAGGACAACAACUGUCAGGAGCACAGGGCGCUCCUUAGUUGGCGGGGGAGGACACUGUGUGGACAAGAGGUGGUGGACGGAGCGGGGAGACAGCUGCUGUUAAACUACCGUGAGGAUUAACAGAGAGAGCCGCCGUCUCUGCUGCUUUUAUCCUGAGGUCGCACAGAAGGCGCUAUGCUGACGUCCUGAGCCGAAGGAGUCCUGAUUUGAUCCCCUCUCUUCCUUGUCAGUUCCCACACUUGGGCUGCUUUCAACCAGUCAUCACACCAACAGUAAACCACCUCUUCCAGCCUUUUCCCCCUGUUCCCUCCUGCCCAGCCUGCCGUCACCAUGACGUCGGAGCUGGAGAGCAGCCUGACCUCCAUGGACUGGCUUCCUCAGCUGACCAUGCAGGCGGCCAUCCACAAGACCGCUGCCCAGAAUGCCCACGGGCCCGGCAUGGGCAAGAAAAGUACCUUACUGGAUCACAACACCACGCUGGAUCAGGAGGAGGUGCAGCAGCACAAGGAUGGCAAGCCUCCAUACAGCUACGCCAGCCUUAUCACGUUCGCUAUCAACAGCUCGCAAAAGAAGAAGAUGACGCUGAGCGAGAUCUACCAGUGGAUCUGUGAUAACUUUCCCUACUACAAGGAGGCGGGCAGCGGCUGGAAGAACUCAAUACGGCACAAUCUGUCACUAAACAAAUGUUUUCUCAAAGUGCCUCGCUCCAAAGAUGACCCUGGAAAGGGCUCCUACUGGGCCAUUGACACCAACCCGAAGGAGGACGCUUUGCCUACUCGGCCAAAGAAGAGGCCACGGUCUGGAGAGCGGGCUUCCACACCAUACAGCCUGGAUUCAGAGUCUUUGGGGAUGGACUGUAUGAUCUCUGGAAGUGCCUCUCCAACGCUGGCAAUCAACACUGUGACUAACAAGGUGGCGUUGUACAACACAGACCAGGAAGGUAGCGAUAGUCCGAGAAGCAGCCUUAACAACAGCCUGUCUGAUCAGAGUCUAGCCUCUGUCAAUCUCAACAGUGUGGGCAGCGUUCACAGCUACACGCCGGUGACCAGUCAUCCAGAACCUGUGUCCCAGUCGAUGAGCCUGCAGCAGCCCCCCCAGUCCCAGUACAGCAUGCCAGACAGGGAAAAGCAGCUCCCGUUCUCAGACUUCGAAGAUCUCAGUGCCUCCUUCCGCAGCCUUUACAAGUCUGUUUUUGAGCAGUCCUUCAGCCAACAAGGUCUGAUGGGCAUACCGUCAGAUAACUCCCAGCAGACCCACACCUCCUGCUCCUAUCAGCACUCCUCCAGUGGCACCAUUAACACUCAGAAUAGCCUGUCAAACAACCAACACAACAACCACCACAACAACCACCCCGCCAACAGCGGCCAAGUUCCCUUGUCCCACCCCGCCCAGGCUCACCCCGGCCACGGCUCUCCGCACGCGCAGCACCUCUCGCAGCACAGCGGCACCCACAACCAACACGGUCAGCACCCCCAACACGCUGCGCACGGGCAGCACCCGGCCCAUGGCCAGCACCCGCAGCAGCAGCACACAGCGCACCCCUCCCAGCACACGCAGCACAGCCAGCACCCCUCCCAACAUGGACAGCAGCACCAGAGCCUCUCCCACCAGCAACAGAUGGCCUGCAACCCAGGUUUACUGUCUGAGUGGUACCCAAAUCUGGAUGCCCUGAAAGAAAGCUGUCGUAUUGCCAGCAGCUAUAACUGGGCUGAUGUCGACCUUUCUCCUUUCCAAGGUUUAAGAGAAAGCAUGAGACAGGCUGAGCUAAACAAUUGGUCCCUUGAACCCACCCAGAUAGCAGACCUCUGCUCGUCCAUCAACCAGUUCUUUGCUCGCACUGGCGUAAUUCAGCAACAGGGAGCAGUGCAGAGUCCUGUGUGUCAUGGCUCCAUGCACACCAACAAGCCCAGCCAGCACCUCAACACAGGAAAUCUCUACAUGGACACAAGACAGAGCAUGCCCCCCAUGAUGGGUCCUCCAGGAUAUCCCCACAUGGCCCCCAUGAGCAACACAGGACCCACAAUGACAGGACACCAUGCACAGAUGAACCAGCAGCACAUGAUACCUUCCAGGACCUUCCAGAUGCAUCGCAUGCAAGCCGACGACAUCCAGGAUGAUUUUGACUGGGACUCCAUCGUCUAGCGGCCGUCUCCCCCCCGUUAAAGCAAAUAAAAGUGGAUGGAGGAGGGGAGAUGUAAUCCAGAGGAAGCCAGGCUGAGCUGACAGGCCGCAGGUUGUGUGAUACAGAGGAAUGUUUGACAAGCUUUGGUGAAAAACAGACUUAAAAGUCCUGACAACUCUACAAACAGCAAACCAUUAGCAGAAAAUGUUACUUUGAAGACAAUCAUAUUUAGUCAGACAUGUUCUUGUCAGUGAUCACAAACUUGUCUCGAGAUGAGUGGAACUCAUUAAAGUAAACCACACGGUCCUCAGUCAGCCGUCUCCUCAUACCCAGACGAUCAGCCCCCCCACCCCCCCCCACCCCCCCGACCCCUCUGCUCUGUAACUGUCAUGUGAUUUGAGCGACGUGUUCAGCUUGUAAUUCUUCUCGUGUCGACAUAGGCCUCACUGCCUCUAAGAUGACGUUCUCUCUCUCCAACUCUCUCUGUUUGUCUUUUGUCUUUACGAUAAUUUGGUUUGUUUUCUUCUAUUUUUAAAGAAAUCACAGGCCGUCUCUCUGAGUAACGUGACUGUGCUCGUUGGUCACUUCUCGGGGACACUGUGCUCUGCUGUGGCAGAAGGGAUGGAUAUGUCAGGUUUACAUAUGCACAACACCUGAACAGGGUGUUUUUCUUUUUCCCCCACUGGUUUGAUUUUUACACCAGGAGUUGAACUGGAGAGGUAUCCCACAAGGUAUUGCGAUCUGCUCUCUGCAGUUUUGUGUGUUAUGGGAGUACAGAGACUCUUGUUGUUAGUUCUCGAAAAUCUGUAGAUUUAUACAUUUUAAUGGUGAGUAGAUAAUAAAAUGUGGAAAAAGUCUUUUAAAUAAUUUUUACAAAGUUUGGGGUUGUUUAGGUUCUCCGACUGGUUCGUAAAUGAUCUUCCCUGACGAAAGUUGUAGGAGAUUUAAAAAUCCAACAUAAACUCAAAUUUUUUGAGUCUGUAUUGGUCAUCACUAUCAUUCAAAAGGCUCAUUUUUAUUUGGGUCAAGAUUACAGUCAGUAUUUACAUAAACAUAUUUUGGUCAUUCAGUAGCAGCUGGAGAAUGGCUUGGUUAUGAUUUAAGUACUUUAAAUAAUGUUUAAAUUACUGUUUUGUUUCAGUCUAAAAAUAUCCUAAUAAUUCUCUAACAGGAAGAAUUAUUAAGAAAAUUUGAAUCACAAUAAAUAAGAAUAAAGCUACUGUAAACCAACUUAAAAUAGCAAACAUAUGUUAAAGGUUUUAAUAGAGUCCAAAGCUUGAGUACAAACAUUUGUCUGAAGCAGAGUUUCAGAAGUUUCUGUAAUCUGAGGUAUGGGCUGUACGAAAUUCUCACGGUAUGAUAACCAUGUGUAAAAAAUUAUCAGCUUUUCACAGCAUUUACCCAAACACUUAAAUUAAAAAAAAAACAGAAAAGCAACAUUUAUUCCUCUUGCAGCUAAAAUGAUUAAAUCCUGAUAAGUUCAGUAGUGGGUUUUUAGGUUUUGAAGCAGCUUUGGCAGCUUUAGUUUCCACACCAAUACUGUUUUCUUUAAAAAAAAAAAAAAAAAACAUUUCCAAACACCCGAAUGUGUUCAUCUUUCUUCUAAGUGAGGCAAAAGUGUAUUAACCUCCCUUCAGCCAGCUGACCAGCAGCGUGAAGCAAGAAGUGGAGGAGGGCCAGAGCUGCGUUACGCUAUGCUCCAUACAGACAGAAAGAACGCUGCUCUUUUCAGCACUUUCAAUUGAGACAUGUUAGAUUUUAAUCGGCAGGAACAGUGUGAAGAAGAAACGUGACCAUUUAAAACCCAAAUACACCCUGAUACCAAUAACAGACCCACACCUAGUUUGGUGGCUAAGCCAGACUGUAAGGUUUGGGGCGGCCACCGCUAAAGCCUGAUCAUCUUUUAUGUUUGGAUAGAAAGAAAUCUUAGCUGGUUUAUUUGGGGACAUCUUUCCAGACCAGAUUUGAGAUGUUUUUGAGACUUUCAUACAUCCCCAGUCAUAUGAGGCCACAGCAAUCUGCUUUAUGUUCCCAUCUAGACCUCGCAGUCUGAAACGGUCGUUCAGAUCCCAAAGCAUCCAGUGAUGAUACCAGCGUCGGCGAGAAAACAUGUAAAGAGAACGGCUGGAGGAAUAAAAUUUAUUAAACCGUUGUUGAAUGACUCAUUUAGGGAAAAUAAUUGGACUUAAGUACGAUUUUUUUUUUUUUUUAACCAAUAGGACAUUCAUUUCAUAUUGAUUUUAUAAGUUGUAAAAAGUACCUGUUUGUGAACAUUAAAGGGACUUUUUUGACGCUACCUGCAGAGUCUGUUGUUAUAGUUAAAAUCUACGGAGAGCUGUUUUGUUUAAACUUCCAAAUCUCGUGAUGUUUAAUAGCAAAAUGUUAUUCCAACAAUCCGAACAGGACAAAACUGAUGAUUCACACAUGUUGGUAGAUGAGGAGUGUGUGAAUUUUGUGAUUGAUUACUGCAAUCAUCUCUAUGCUACCUAGGAGCAUAAAGCAGAAGCACACGGUGAAGGAGGAAUGGUUUCACACAUGCAGUUAGGUGGAAAGGAUUUUCAUAAGCACAGCGGUGGAGAGAUCUGAGGUUCUGCAGGCCUGGUCUGUGUACUGGAACUGGAUGUGGCUCAACAAUCAGACAGGUGCUGGCCUAUAGAGACACUAUGGUUAAAGGAAAAAAAAGCCCUUUGCACAGGAAUACCUUUUGUUUACUUAACUUCAAGAUGCAAAGCACCUCCUGGAUCUGGAAAACUAAUCAGACGGUCUGAUUCAGUCAUGUUUUAUCCUUUGAAAUCAUUUCACUCGGACUUUCUGACAGCGGCAGCUCUUGUCAGAAAGUUUUAUCGUUUUUGGUGUUCUCCAGCUACAUGUGUCUCCGUUUAAAGGAAUAGUACAAUAUAAUUUUUUUGGGAUGCUAGUUUGGCUUUUUAGCUGGGAGAUGAUAAUACCUCUAACACAUUUCAUAAUAAAUGUGAGGCUGCAGCUCGCUGUCAGCUGAGUUUAGCAUAAAGACUGAAAACCAUUGCCUAAACCUGGCCAACACUGAUUCUGAUUUUAACAGAUUAUUUUUUUAUUUUAGAGGACUGUAACACACACUUACCUGCAGGUUCCUAAUGUGGAGGUUGUCGUUUUUUAUUCUAACCGAAAAUAAAUUGAUCACAAGAUCCUCUCCAUUAAUGGCAGAAUUCGUUUCUGAUUUUUGUUUAAUUAAAAAAAUGCAUCAGUGUCUUUGCUGUUGGUUUAAGCGUCUAUAGAUACAGAAUAAUUGAGUCAAAAUUGAUUAUUUGAUCUGCCAAUCACCAGUCAGAGUCAGACCAAAGCAAUAUUGCUUGAUUUCUAUCUGGCUGAUCGGAUUGGUGCAACUUAAUUUAUCACUGAGCCAAAAUGUAUUUUGGCAUCUGUUUUGUUUUUGCAUGUUUAGAGCUAAUCUGAAGCACAAAGAAAUGUUCCUGCUUUACCAACUUGUAAACAUCCUCUCUGAAGGCUGUUUUAUAAGCCAUUUUUAUCUCCAGUCUUUAUUCUAAGCAAACAGACAUUCAAACACAUCAGCCUGAAAAAGUUUAAACUUAACAAGAUUUUUUUUUGUGGUUUUUGUCACUCCAGGUGUUGCUGUGGUUUUUGAUUUCAUUUUAAAAUGACAAUCAUUGAUUUUUAUUCUUUUUGUUAUUGUUUUUAAAGUAUCGCAAUAUUUUGUUGUGGAAAUGAGGCACUUUCAGAUUGAACGUUUUCUUUUUUAGUCGAAGAUUUCAGAACCACACUCUCUGAUCACGUAGGAGGUUAUUUUGCCUGGUUUAUACUGUAGAUCAUAGAUGUUAAGCACCCAGAGCUGCACUGUGGAGAAGAAAUCCAAGUUCUCUUCUUUAAGCUUAGGAAACUGCCAUUCAUUAUCAUUUCUUAACCUUUCAUCUUUUUUUAACUCCUGCUAAUCUUAUCUGUUCACCUCUGCUCUUCUCUCGCUGAUGUUUUGUGUAUUUAUCGAGCUGUGUGUGGACGUUUGCUUCACCCGUGGGUGUCAGAGGUUUUUAAGCGAAAACUUCCUGGAUUUCAAACUAGUUUCCCAGACGGAGACAAAACCGAGUCGUGAAUGGUCUGGGAGUUGAGCACGGGUCAAAGGACUGGCGUUUGUGUGCUGAUCAGUGCUGUGGAGACCGGUGUGAAGCCUUUCAGCUUUUCCAGGUGAAGACUGAGGAAAAAGAAAUAUUACACGAACUCGUCAGCCGACAGAGGAUUUCAGUAAAGAGAAAAAAGAGAAAAGGUGAAGAAAUGACUGGAUCCCAGUUUUACAUUUUGUCUGUUUGUGUGUGUUUUCUCUUGUGGAAGUUUUUAUUUCUUCUUCCUGUUUUUUUUAAUACAGCUGGACAUGUACCUGCCAGAGAGAUUAUUAUUAUUAUUGGGGAGAAAAAAACAAUAAAAAAAUGAAUAAAACUUGUUACAAUAUUGGAGAGAACUGCCAACAUCUACUGCUGAUUGGGGCCUAUUUUAUUCAGUGCUGGUGUGUUGUUGUGCUUGUACAUAAUGUGUCUUUUCAAUCAUCCUUUUUCUCCUCUGCUGGGGGGGGUGUUCAUAAGAGAAUGGCGGGGAAAAGAAUAUUUUGUUAUUGUCCUAUUGGAGGUUGACAAUAUGUAUAUAUCUAUAUUGUAUAUAUGUGAUGAAAAUGCGUUGGCUUUUUGUGUGACACUACCUUUUACCUGUACCUAUGGUUCUACAUUCAGUGUUGAAAGUAUAUAUUUGGUUUGUGUUUUUAUUUUGUAGUUUGUUUUUAUUUCGUGUUUGUCAUUUCUUGUACUUUCUUUCUUUCUCCCGUUUUUUUCCGUCUCCUGUUUGUUUACUGCACGGUUUAUUACUUUUGUUGUCCGAUGAGGUGAUACAGCUACUCUUUGUAUUCGUUUAGUGCUGUAAAAUAACUCAAGUGUUAUUAGAAAAUUGUCGAUACCAACGCCCGCCCCUUCCCCAAUAUGCAUGAAUGGCACUUAAAGAAAUAAAAUAUGGUAACUUCA